CGGUCUGCUUGUUACAUGUCAAUUCCAUCGGCGAACAGGGAAAUCUAAUUUUAGAACAAAGCACAUUAUAUUCUGACACGGCAUAUCAAGGAGUCUGUGAAUGUCGGCAUGGCCAAGAAGUUGGAGUCGUUACUGGGGGCCCAUAUACUCCGUCAGGCCGGGGAUAGCCUGGAGCAGGUGCCCGUGGGGUCGCUCUGUGGGGCGGGGCGCGUGGUGGGCCUUUAUUUCUCGGCACACUGGUGUCCUCCGUGCAGGAACUUUACCCCGCUGUUGAUCGAUUUUUAUAAAAACCGGAAAAAAUGUGGCGACAAUUUGGAGAUAGUGUUUGUCAGCUGGGACAAAGAUGAGGCCAGUUUCAAGGAAUAUUUCUCCUCCAUGCCAUGGACGGCAGUGCCAUUUGAUCCAAAGAAAAAGGCUAAAUUGACCAAAAAGUACCGAGUUCAGGGGAUUCCAAAGUUAGUGUUAAUUGAUGGAGACACUGGAAAGCUUAUAACCUGUGAAGGGUACUCCUGUGUGAUAAAUGAUAAAGAUGGACAGGAGUUUCCAUGGAGACCCAAAAAGGUGCAGGAAGUGAUUCAGGGGAAGCUACUGCGCAGUGACAGGACAGAGGUCGACGCCAUGGAAAGUCUGAAGGGGAAAACCGUGUGUCUGUACUUCUCAGCUCACUGGUGCCCCCCUUGUCGUGCCUUCACCCCGAUGCUGGCCAAGUUAUACAAAAAGCUUACAGAGGACAAGAAGAAUGUGGAGGUUGUGUUCGUGUCCUCGGACCGCUCCGAGGAGUCGUUUGGUCAGUAUCUUGACACCAUGCCAUGGCUGGCUGUUCCAUUUGGAGACCCCAGGAUUGACCAGAUCAAGAACCUGUUUGCCAUCGAUGGUAUUCCUAUGCUAGUUGUGCUUGAUGAUAAAGGAGAUGUCAUUACUCUGAAUGGAAGAGGAGCAGCCAUGUUGGAUGAGGAGGGAUUGGAGUUUCCAUGGCACCCAAAGCCAGUGAAUGAGCUUACAGGGAAUGCUGCCAUCCAGCUCAAUGAGUCUGCUUGUCUGGUCCUCUUCACAGAAGGAGAAGAUGAGGACAUAGAGUGGGCGACUGAGGUCCUUACAGAGGCUGCCACUGUGGAACACAACAAGCAUGAGGACCAGGAACUGUUCUUCUUCUUUGGCGGUGACGAUGAGAUUUGUGAUUCGGUGAGGAAUUUUGCCAAACUGCCUGAUACGUGCCCCCUGCUAGUGAUUCUUGAUUUCCCUGAACAGAAAGUGUACAAGUGUGCGGAGAAGACAAUCACUAGUGAGGUGGUAAAGGACUUUGUGAGGGGUUAUCUCGGUGAAACCUUGGAGCCACUCCUACUCCGAGGCCCUGAAUAGACACAGGAAGUCGCUAUGGCAACCAAAGAUCUACUGAGGCCGUGAUGAAGCAUUGCUAGAAUUGAACCAGGACGUCGCCCCUAAGGGGUGCCUUUUAUUUGUGUCAAUCAGUAUUUAACGUUUCAGUACCUUGUCCUCUGUGUAUGUUCAUUUAAUGAACUUUUUUUAUCAGCAUUGGCAUAUAUUUUUGUGUCACAGCAACCCCUCUUGUCUUUGUUUUUUGAGGCAUUGUUUAGAUGAUUUUUUAUUGGCAUUUAUAUAUUAGAUAGAAGGGUACAACGGCUGCGGCAUGACAUGGCAUUAUUUGUUAUAUGUAAUACAUUGAUGUACCUGACUACCUGUUUGGGGAGGACAACAGCCUUUAUACAGUCUAAAUUUUAUUUAUCUCACUUUCAUUAGCUACAUUGGUGUAUAAAAUCCCAUCAACUCAACAAUAUACUUGAACCCGCCCUUACAAGAUGCUACACUGUUUAAGAGGACAUACUUAAGCUGCUUACACCCAAACCUUCAUCCUUUUAUCACACAUCCCAGACUCUUUUUGAUAAUGAUUAUCAAUGUACAUGUGAAAUAUGUGUUAGAUAUGUAAAUACUUAUAAGAUAUAUAAUACUAGAUAAUAUGGAUCAGUUUCUGAAUAGUUGUAUGUUCAUAGUGUAAAGUGAUGUGUAGCAUUUGUUCGUAUCUCUCUGCACAAAAUAUGCGUCUAUGACUUAAUUAUAAAGUGAUACUCAAAAUUAUGCUUGGGAACUGCAUGUUUUCAAACAAGUUAUCAAAAUACACUCAAUGGUACUCAUAGAAACUGAAAACUUUAACUACAGAUGUUGUCUUUUCCUCCAGUUUGAGCUAGUGUGGAAACAGACCUUGAAACUCGUAACAGGGCCAUGCUGAUAACAAAGACUUGGGAAAGUCAUAGACACCAGUGUCAAUUUAUUGUCCCACUUGUUUAUAAUCUGAAGGCUUUAUUUUUGUUGUGAAGCUUCUGCCUUAUUUUGUAACUUAUUUUGUAUUACAUAUCGUCGACGUACAUGUGUAAUUUCAGUAAAACUUGUCUGUUCCACAUAUCACUUGAUCCAAAGAAAUUGUCCAGACUAGACCAUGUUUCAGAUUACCAGGGUAGUCAACAUUUUAGCAAUGAUAUUUAACAUCCUAUUGCUCUAAAUGUCAUAAUACACAGUAUUCGGAACAGACAAGUUUCACUGUAGUUACAGUUGUAGAACUUGACAAACUUUGUGACGCUAAGUGUUGUGAUGUGACCUUGUUUUUUUGUUGCUGUUUUAAUGGCAUUUGUCAACAGCAAUGGGGCAUUUACUUAAUUCCCAACAUGACUCUGUGACUUAUUGCAUGGAUAAGCCUAUGAUUUUAGCCUACUUGAUAUUAGAAUUACAUGUAACUAGGUUUUAUGUUUGGAAAUGUUUUGACGUUGCUUUUCUGCACUGACUGUGUUACGUUUCUGUAAACAUUGUGAUGUAUCUGUACACAUUGUGAUGUAUCUGUACACAUUGUAAUGUAUCUGUACACAUCGUGAUGUAUCUGUACACAUUGUAAUGUAUCUGUAUACACAUUGUAAUGUGUCUGUACACAUUGUGAUGUAUCUGUACACAUCGUAAUAUAUAUGGACACAUUGUAAUGUAUCUGUACACAUUGUAAUGUAUCUGUACACACUGUUAUGUAUCUGUAUACACAUUGUAAUGUGUCUGUACACAUUGUGAUGUAUCUGUACACAUCACAUUGUAAUGUGUCUGUACACAUUGUAAUGUGUCUGUACACAUUGUAAUGUGUCUGUACACAUUGUAAUGUAUCUGUAUACACAUUGUAAUGUGUCUGUACACAUUGUGAUGUAUCUGUACACAUCGUAAUAUAUAUGGACACAUUGUAAUGUAUCUGUACACAUUGUAAUGUGUCUGUACACAUUGUAAUGUAUCUGUACACAUUGUAAUUUAUCUGUACACAUUGAAAUGUAUUUUACACAUUGUAAUGUAUCUGUACACAUUGUGAUGUACAGACACAUUGUAAUGUAUCUUUACACAUUGUAAUGUGUCUGUACAUAUUGUAAUGUAUCUGUACACAUCGUGAUGUAAACAUUGUGAAUUUUGACCACUCUAUAAGAUGUGCAAUGAAGUUAUCUCUCUGAACCUUGUCUCCAUUGUUUAUGGUUUCAUCCAAGAUGAAUUAAUAAACAGUUUUAUGAUUUA